AUGGUACAACUUCUUCACCCGCUCUUCGUCCUGUUCCUGACGCUUCCAGUUGCCACGGGAGCCAAAUACACAGACAAAGGCAUUGCCAUCGUCGGUACAACGGAGCCCUGGAGCCUUCACGUCGAGGCCGGCGAGUCUUGUGAGGACGAUAUCUCCUACGACCUCGCGUCGUAUAUCGCCGUCCACUUUGCUGGAUUCGACCUGCCGGACGGGGACUCCGUGGUGAUCAGCUCCCCGGAUGAUGACAUAGCGGUCUCGCACACGUACACGGGUCGAGGUCGCGACCAAAGCGGAACGUUCGUUGCUAGCUUCGUUCCAGGCACCUCUGUCACGAUCACUUACAACUCGGUCGGGGUGCCCACAUCAGGCCAGGGCUACCGCGUCACUGGGUUUUCCCGUGGGUUUCCCACCGUACCCCACGAAUCGGUAUGCGGCGAUGGCGACCAGUCCUCUCCAGUCAAAUGCUAUGCACCAGGCUCGACUUUGGCUAGGCAAAUGCCUCAAGCUUACGAAAAGUCCCAAGCCAUUGCUCGUCUACUCAUCAACGGCACUUAUCUGUGCACCGGGUGGCUGGCAGGCAGCGAGGGGCACAUGUUUACGAACCAACACUGCUACGAAAACCCCGAAUGGGCCAUGAACACGGACAUUGAGUUCGCCGCCGAGAGCUCCACGUGCCGUGAAGAGUGCAAGAAAGGUCUUGGCUGCCCUGGACAAGUGGUGGCAACGACGGCGACCUAUAUCUACGGAAGCAAAGAGAUCGACUACUCGGUGUUGAAGCUGCCGAACUGCGUCGAUCUCUCGUCGUACGGGUAUCUCCAGCUGCGCGAGUCGGGACCGGUGCUGAACGAGACGAUCUACGUGCCGCAACACCCCUCGGGCUUUGCAAAGCGCAUUGCGAGCAAAGUCGACGGCGGAGCUGAUGCGACGAUUCACAGUGUCAAUGAAGAAGGGAUAUGUGGAGCCGACCAGGUGGGACACUACGCAGACACGCGAGAAGGGUCCUCGGGGUCGCCGAUCCUCUCACCGAGAGACAAUUUGGUGGUGGCAAUCCAUCACUGCGGUGGGUGUGCCAACGCUGCUAUCGACGUGCGCACGGUGCUGACCGACCUCAAGGACAAGGGCAUCAAGAUCAAGGACUUGGUGCCGUCGGGGAGUGCGGGCCAAGGCAACCAGCCGCCGUUUGCUCGGACAUCGUGCACCGCUUCGAGGAGCGCGGCGCCGCUCGGGUUUGCAUCGGAUCUGGGACCACUCAAUGCAGUUCCUGCAACGACACCUCGAGCGCCAAUCAGUGCGACGGUGUCGAGCGAAGCCUCGACGACAUCUUCGAACUCUACUUCAACGUCUACCAACACAUCUUCAUCGGCCUCCGAGCACGCGACUCGGACCAUGUUGGAGCACCCCACGGCAGCGAAUGGGCUUACUGCUCCAGUUAGCACAACCACAUCGAGGAACUCUUCAAAUGCAUCGACGACGAGCACAACGGCCACGACUGCGCAUUCCGCCUCGAGCACGACUUCGACCACCUCCUCGGGACCAGAACGUGCCACGAUGACGGAUGAUGACGGCGUUGGUCCUGACGGUGAUAGUACCGGCUAA